GUUGACCCCAGAUUAGUGUCAUGGCGAUAACGAAGUAUUGUGCGAACAAUGUAGUAAGUGAAUAACGUUUUUUUAUGUGAUACGAAAUCCCUGGAAUCGUUGCACAGUUAAUUUUUCAUACUCGGUUGUAGCAAAAGAUGAGCCGUUGACUACAAGAGGAUAGAUCGCUGUGAAUAUCCAGCUUAGAAUGUAGUAUAUUUCUUUGGUAAUUCAUAGGAUCGUUGUUGUGCGUAAUUAACCUUGAAUUGAUAAAAUUGGGAAAAAUAAAGUAAAAAAGAAAUGAUCAGUUUUAGCUGGAUCCUAGACAUAUUUUCAAUCGGUAUAGCACAUAACAUGGUCUGACUAUGCUCUACGAAUAUUCGUGAGAUCAUUUUUCUGAUAAUAUUCGAUCAGUCAAUUAUAACCUCAUAUGUAAGGGGUGCAAAAAAUGGCUAGUGAUUUAUCCAGCGGUUGUACCGAAGUCAUUGAAAUAUUGGAUGAGAAAGAAGAGGGUGAAAUUUCAUUGGAAGAUGUAAGCUCCUCUGAAGAAGGCCAGCUCAAUGACAGGUGCAAUUUGAGACGCAGAACAGCCGGGCAGUGUCCGAGCUGUCUGUCCACAAAACACUGCGCCGGUUGGUGCGCUGCAUCAACAAGAACAAACACAUUGAAAAGCUCGAUGAGGAAAGAAUAUUUUUCCCCUCAAGAUGCAGUACAAGAAAAAGAAAACUGUCACCACACCAAAGAUUCUGGCUAUUCUGGCUCCAAGCACUGCGCAUCUACGUUGCAGGAAAACAAUAAUGACCUCAUACCAAUCUCAAGUGAUAGUGAUAUGGAGAUUGUCGGUCUUGCUGAUAAUGUUAAACAAAUACUGACUCGGCCGCAAGGAAAAGCUACCAAGGUCCGAAAGCGUAGAAAAAAAAAACGGUCUCAAACCGCUGCCGCAACCAUUGAAGAUGCAGCAGUAAAUACUGCAACUAAUCUAAUGCCUGAAUGUUCUGUUGUACAAAAGCAUGAUUCACAAGUCUUGAAGGAUAAUCACUUGCCGAGGCUACAUCGUAGAGAGUCAAAUUCACCACAUAAACGUCCAGGAUCUCCUUACAGUAGAUCUAGAAUUACAAAAUCACCCAUGAGAAGGCAUAAAUCACCCAUCGGUAGAGGGAGAUCACCUUUUAUUAAAUCAAGGUCACCAUUAGGGCAUCCACGGUCACCUGUUUUGCGAAAAUCACCUAUUCGUAGGACUAGAUCUCCAGUUAGAAGAUUAUCUCCUCAUUCACCCGUAAAAUCACCGGUUAGAAGACAACUCAGGAGCUCUGUGUCCCCUACGAAUACCUAUAUUGACAUGUAUGGCAAUGUCAACAAACUUUUGAAAAAGGUCAGGCAUUUGAAGACAAUUGGCUCACAGUCAGCGAAUCGAAAUGUAGGUAAACUCAAUGAACACAGACCAUCUUUGAAGGACAAGUUAAAUAACAUGAUUAAAGGUGAUAACGGGAGUAGUGACUUUGCAAUGAAGACAAAUAAAGAGAGUAAAUUUGUUGAAGACGUCGACGAUGAGGAAGAUUUGGCACUUUUACGUAAAAUGGCAUUGGAGACUAAACCAAAAAGAAAUUCAAAGGUUCAAGAAGAUACGGGACUUAAAAAAAGUACACAGUGCGAGACUAACAAUAGUGAUGAGGAUGUCGAGGACUUGGAAUUACGCAUGAUUGCUCUUCGAUCAGCCAUGUUGAAGAAGCAUCAAGAUAGAAAGCAACGUGCAGUUAUGAUAGGUAAAUCGAAAAAACCUACACCCUCUACUCGCACUAACACAGAUAGCCCUUUCAGUCAGAGCUUCUUAGACAGUAUUCCUAUUCCCGAUGAGAAAGAAAAAAAUUUUGAAACUCCACCGUGUACACCUACUAGAGGGCUUAAUGAGAAUAAUAAUCCUGAAGACAUGGAACUGGAUUCUGAAGUAGAACUGGAUAAAGAAAAAGAAGCAGAACCUUAUUCACCUACUGAUCAAAUCUCGCAAAAAAUUCCCAUAGACACGGAGUUGCUUGGUAUUCGUCAUUCGGAUGUAUCGUUUAUCACACCAGCUAAUCAGAUAACAGUAGUUUCUGACAAUUUAGAUUUACAAGUUCUAGGAAGUGCGGAGAUCAAAACACUAACCGGAGCAUCUUAUCUCCUACUGGACAAAAUGUCUGAAAAUAGUGUUGAUUCAAGUAAACAUGUGCUUCCAAGUUCACAGUCUCCAACAAGUUCACCCUGUUUUCCAAAUAACAUGACUGAGAUAUUAGAAAAUAAUCAUUGUCCACAGUUGGAUGAUAAUUUACCCACUACACCUUACUCUCCGUCGGAGCCGAUCGGUACUCCUGAGAUAUACAUGUCGCCCCAAGGUGAUUCCCAUUCUAAUUCAGACCCCAAUCACAUACCUGAUACUCCUUAUUCACCAACUGAUACUCCAAUGUGUGAUUUUGAAGUGAAUACUGCACCAUUGUUAUUCAAUGUUUCACCCUUCAAAGAAUCCGAUACGAAAAAAAGCAAACGUAAUAGAAGUGCAUUAAUUCAUAUCAACCUAACUUCAACUACAUCACAGGACAUUAGUAAAAUAUCGAACAGCAAUACGACAGAAAAUUCAGCACUAUCGCCAAUACCUAAGAAAAUGAUGGAGAUAGAAAAAGAAAACAUGUCACGAACUUCAUCAAUGAAUGCAGAUAUCGGAUCUGCUUUUGAUUCAUCUGUGAAUUCGUCUGAUGAUACUAUGAUCGAGGUAGAUGAAUUGCCAGAGACAGAUUUGGAUGGGAGUCCGCUAGUCCAUAUGCCUGCCGAGCUUCAAGAUAUAGAAAGUCAUAUUCCUGACAUCAUAUCUCAAGAAAUAUUGAAACUUAGCCAGGAACCAUUGUAUCUUCAAGGGGUUCCAGAUGUUACGAAAGAUGCCAAUAAAAUUCCAACUUUGGUAAACAAAUCUCUAGUACCCGCAUCAAUUUUAAGGUCGAACAAAAAUCUUCAGCAACCAUUGCCUCCUAAAAAAAUUGAAACACAUUUUGAACCGGCUUUCAAAAGUGCUCAAAUGCGGCCUGUAGAGAUUUCCACUGAAUCAACUAAUACGAGUAGACUCUUUAAACCCAUCAAACUUGCUCCUGUGAUUAAGAAGCCUCAACUCAACAUUGUUAAACCAUCUGCAUUUAAUUGUUCUUCCAAUGAUAAUUCAACUCUAGAAGAUCAUGAGAAUUUCGAAAAUGAUCAAUCAGCACAGUCACAAAAUGAACAAGAAAUUCGGUCUUCAAGUGAAACGUGCAUGUCAACUGAUCAGGUGCCACAGUUGGGAAAUCGCCUAAGAAUUGUGGAAACAAUAAAAAAAUUACCAGAGCCUAUACCAGAAUUACAAACAACUGUUGCACAAUACCAAGAACAGAGUGAUAUGUUAAGAAAUUCUAACAAAGAAUCAGCCAAAAAAGGGAAUGACAGUGCCAAUGAAGAGAGGAAAAAACAAUCAAAAAAAAGCAAGCCAGCUAGAAUCAAAUCCAAGCAUACAAGUAAAUCAUUGAUGAAUAGUAAAAAUAUAGAAACCAAAUAUAUAGUAGCAAAUGUUGCAAAUGCCAUAGCACCUGAAGAAUCUAUUAGUACAGAAAUUCCUUUGCGUUGCAAACAGAAUUCAAAGUCUAAUCUAUCAGAGAUAAUUCAUAGUCCUGAAAACUCUAUGCAAAAAAAUCGUAAUUCAAGGAAUAAAUCAAAGAAACAAGUGGUAGAAAAAAGAAGGAGAGAGAGAGACAGGCGAAGUAAAAUUGAGUCUGUUUCAAGCAGUGAGAAUAAGCGGAGGAGUGAUAAAAAAUAUUGUAGGCUAUCAAAUGACUUGAGAAAAUCGUCUGCAGAUAAAAUUAAUGAUAAAGUAAUGGAACUGAAUCAUCAUUCGCAGACUGUUAGACGAAAGCCAGAGGAAACUGAGCACAUGACGCAACCUGCUCCUAUGUGUGUAGAACCUAAAGAAACUUUUAUACCACAAACUCGUUCUAUAAAUAUAGAUAAAGGCAAUAAUUACAGUACUGCAAAACAUUCGAAAAUAGAAUUAGGUAUUCAUGAAAAUACUUCCAAUGAUAGGAUAUCAGAUACAGUAACUAUCAAAACUGACAAAGAAAAAAUGAACAAUGUAAAUGAAACUAUUGCAAAUAUUUCAAAUACCUCAACCACCUGCAAUAUGAAAGAUGAACCUUCCGCAUGUAUUGCCAAAAUUCAUAGUCAAGGUUCUGGAGAUUCGAUAUUGGAAAACACAGUGUGCCAAAAAGUUGAGGCAAAUAAGCGAAGAAGAAGUAGCCUCGAUGAAGAUGAAGAGGCGCUCAGAGCUAUUCUUCUUGCCUCAUUGGCAAAGCGAAAUAAGCCACCCGACCCUGCAAAUACAAUUACAAAAACAACAGCUUUAGCAAAUCUAUCGCAUAGUUCAGUAAACACAAGCACAGAGUCUGUUAAAGGUUUGCCAAAUACUCCUGCUGCAAAGGCUUCGGUAUCUUUGGUUUACAGCUCAAGCAGCGAUGCUACAACGCCAUUGACAAGCCACACUUCAAUGUCAAGUAAUCCACCUGUGAAAAAUUCAAUUCCAAGGCCAUUGUCACAAGUUGCAACAUCUGAUUCGGUGACAGUAAAGAGUAUAUUACCUGAAAAUUUGACUCCUGAUCCAUCAACGCUCUCUACAGCUCUUUCAAGGAAAAGAUCUGUCUCGGCAAGUGGCAAAGGACCUCCAAAAAAAAUUGCUAAAAAAGCUCCGAUAUCUGCGAGCACUAAAGUUGUCAAUAAUGCUAAGAAGUAUCAGAACACUUUGUUUCAAAAGAAAUUGAAUUUACAAAAGGCAGCAAUGAUCUCUAAUGCCCACAAAACAUUGAACCACACAAAUUUACAUGGUAAUAACUUAGUGGAUGGGAGUAGAUCAAGGAGUAUGAUAACUAAACCAUUGUCAGAAACACAGAGAUUUGUUAUAAAUCUGGCGUCGGACUCUGAAAGUGAAAAUGAAACGGAAUUGCAAAAUAAAAAUCACCAGGAACAGGUGAAUCCCAACCGAUCUGAACAGAAACCAGUGUUAUCUAUUCCAAUGUCGGAAUUUGAGAAAAGUGUUGACUUAUUUUUGAAAGAUGUCAGAAAAAAACAAGAAACUGCAGCAGCCACCAAGCCGAGUUUAACGAAAACUAAUGUCACACAAAAGCCUGUCAGUCCAGCAACAUCUACACAUAGGAAAUCACCUGUAUUAUCCGCAACUCCAUUGGCUGUUCGUCAUCUGCCAGUUUCACAACAGGAAGAGUACCGCCGUCUGAAACAACAGAUUUUAGAACGUGAAAAGAUGAAGCUACACCGAGUGCUAGGGAAUAACAGUUCACCGCUAUCUCCGAGCAGUAAAAGUAGCGGUACUCCACCUGGUCCACUGUCACCUGCCAGUCCAAUAUCAUCUCCCAUAACUUCCAGGCAAAAUUAUAACGGUCCUUUAAAUUCUCAGCCACCAAUGACCACAGCUAGCAAAGAUUAUCAAUUGCGGAAAAUUAGUGUUCAGAACAAUUUGAAAACUACUGUUUCUAGUGGUAAAUCAAGAAUGAACACUGUUGUUAGUAAAGUCGAUGGUUCAAUACCGUCAAUUUCAAAUCUUAGUAUUCAAAUUCCAAAUGAAACAACGAACGUUAAGAUAGCUUCUAAAAAAUCAAUUGACUUGUACAUUCCUGUGAGCACAUCACAAACUAGGUUAGUAACACCAAUAAAAUCAACAAAAGAUACAGUGAAUACUAAAGACUCUGAUGAUUCUACAGUUUUGGCGAAAGGUCAGUCAAAUUUAAAAAAUGUUCAAGUACAACUGCAACAAGGAAAGACUGGUAGAACAGUCAGCCUAGGUGGAGGUACAAACUUGAAUACGAAAUUAACUGUGUCCAGUAAUCAAGAACUUCAAGUAGUCAGCCCCCAUGAAUCUACUCCAACCAAUAUUUCUACGAAUAUUGAAAAGAAUCAGACUGAUAUCACAGCACUCUCAGAUUAUGCUUCGAUUUCCCCUCCCAUGGAUUCCAGAAAAGCCACGGAGACAAUCGAUCUUAGAGAGAAAUGUGAUAGUUCAGUAGAUUCUAUGGCAUCGACCUUAGUUAUUUCCAGGGAGGGAGAAUAUUCAAAGAAUAGUACUUCGGUAGAUUCCUCAGCAUCUACAGUUAUUCUUCCAAGAAAUGAGAACAGUGAUAACUCCAGACUGGGAUCCGGAAAUUCCGAAAGUAAUAAUAAAAAUAGUGGAGUUUCAAAAUCAUCUGGGAGCGAACCAAGAAAAUUAAGAAAUAAUAAAGAGAUCUGGGAAAAGAUUAGAGGUGAUGUUAAGAAGGAGCUUGAUUCAAUCUCUGUGUUACCACCUAGCGAACAGAAAUCUUACUUGGCUAAUGUAGAGCACAAUUUAGUAAAAAAACGGUACGCUAUUUUGGAUGAUUUAUCAGAAAUAUCUGGGAACUUGCGAGAGCUUGAAAUGGAAAGAGAUGUGCAAACACGUGUUGCGCUGGAAGUGAAAAAACUGCAAGAACAGCUGAAAUUGGCAGAGGAGAGACUUGAGGCCCAACGUGAUCGAGUCAAUAAAAUGGUGCCCAACAUCACUGUUGCUUACGAAAAGUUGAACAGUGGUAGAAGGGAGUGCGUGAAGAUGACCAGAAUCUGUCUUGGAUUAGGAUGUCUAGUAAUUGGAGCUAACUAUAAGAUACCAGCUGCUGGUGCGCAGUUGUUGAAUAAUCGGCUGAAACAAGUCGCUGGAUGUACCCGCCAAUUAUCCAAAAAAAAAGCUCUCAGUCUAGACAAAGACAAUGUCCCAAGCAAACCUCAUCCUGAGAUUCUAACAAACUGUGUUGACCACUGUUUGGAUAGUCCUGUGAUUCAAUCGCCGCAGAGUAUCGCUCAGGGAAGUAGUAAAGAGAAAGAUGAUGAAUUUGUAAUCACUAGUAAUGUCGCACUAACGGAAGACCACUCAAAUUCUAAUACGGAACUUACGGCGGGUGUGGAGGCAGACCAAAUUAGUGCAUCAGAAGAAGAAACGCUGAAGCUCCAGGACAACACAGCAGUGGUAUUUUUGCCGGGCAGUAUUCGCGAAGAUUUACCACAAUCAACCAGUACCCCAAAUUCUUCUGGAGAAAGUUGUGAUGUCAAUAAACAUUUACAAGAUUGUGAAACUACCAUAUCAACAUUCGUUUUGGAUGGUCCAAAAGCUGGUCUUAUUGGUCAAAACGAGAGUCUGGAACAGCGAAAAUUUCUUCAACCCUAUAAAUCUGUUCUUACCCAUCUAAAAGUGCCAAGGACGACUGAUCCCAGUGGUAUUUUAUGUCCGUACGAGCUCAUGGGGACCUGCAGAGAUGAAGGAUGCCAGUUUAUGCAUCAAUCUGCCAGAAAUGGCUAGUAGAUCUCUGCGACUAACUGAAAUGCACUCGCCAGAAAUUAUACGUAAGGUAAUAUUCCGUCGGAGGUGCAGUAUGCCGCGGCAGAGUCCAUCCCAUUGGUGGCUGCGGCGACACCUCGAGAUGGUAAGUUGUCUUCAUAACUGAAGGACCUUUACAACAGAAAUUCAAAUUCUUAUUUGUACUUCUGAUAAUAUGCAUUGUUACUUUUUAAUUAAAUCUUGUUACUGUAUUAUUUUAAUUUUUAUCAACCGCAGUUAGUAUGAGAGUGUUCAAUACGUAAUUUUUUUUUUUGUAAAAAUUAUAAAAGAAGAUUUAAAAAAAAAAAACUGAACAAAAGUGUUGUAUAACUUCCGAGUGGUUGAUGUUAUAUGUGUAUAAAAUUCAAAAUAAUUCUACUAUGGCUCAAAACUUGAGUUUUCAAGACACUACAAGAAGUAAAGGAGCUGAAGAAAGUCAAGAAACUCUUCUUUUAUAUUCUAUUUAUAUAUAUAAAUAUUAACCCUUAUGUACCUGUAAAAUAAAAUUGAUAUUUUUUGGCA